AUGACGUCGGCUUCUGCUGCCACCAGUCGGAACCACGACGGCAGCCACGGCCACGGCGAACGGAUAGCCAGCACCAGCAGCACCAGCACCAGCAGCGGCGGCGGCGGCAAGGACGCAGACGCGGACCAGCAGAAAGGAGGGGCCGAUGCCACCUCGCGGAAGCGGUCGCGGUCGCUGAGCAAGGCCAAGCGCAAGGAUGGCGCCCGCGAGACGACGCGGCACGAGUCGCUCGGCGGCGCCAUCGUGCGGGCCCUGAUCGGAUCGCUCGCCUUUCUCUUCAAGCGGCCCGUCCGCCUGUUUCGGCCAGUCAAGCUCUCCAGCUGGACCAUCCUCGAGGCCAUGGCCAAGCGCGAGGGCCGCACCUUUGGCCUCCGCUACAUCCGCUCCGUCAUCAAGAGAGAGAACCGCAGCUUCCUGCCACACCUCCUCGGACCGCCCUUGCUCGUCAACACCGCCAUCGGAUUCACCCUCUUCGAGGCCUACUCGCUCACAGAGUCGAAGCUCCUCAGCGACCGAAAGAAGAGGAUCCAGCAAGCACCGCACGCCGGGGAAGAUGACGCCGCAGGGUCCGGCGAUGAUCCGGCCCUUGCCACCCACGACCAAGGCGCGACAUGGACGCCCCUGUGGAUCGUCACCGUGUCGGGUGCGGCGGCGGGCGCGGCGCAGUGCUUUCUCUCGGCGCCUCUCGACAACGUUCGCUACAUUCUCCAGCGCAACGUCGGGGCGGGCGCGGCCAACAAGGUACACAGGUCGGUCCCACGACAAAUCAAGGAGAUCUCCUGGAGGGCGGUGCUGCGUGCCGCCGUGCUCCCCUUUGCACCCGCCGUGGCGCGCGACAAGCUCGUCGCCGAUAUGCACAAGGCCGCCGCUGCUUCCGAGACCAAGGCCAACGACGCCCGUGGCCAGAAGAUGUCGGCGGCCGAGACCCGGAAGCUCUGGGAGACGCGCCUCAAGCGCUGGAGGGGCGGCAUCCACGGCUCCGGCCUCUUCCUCUCCCUCAUACGAGACUCGGUCGGCUUCGGCAGCUUCUUCUUCAUCUUCGAGUGCUCGCGCCGCUGCGCCUACUACUCGUCGACGUCGAUCGACAAGGCGUUUGCCUGGAUCAACGCUCGAGGCCUCGGCCGGGUCCGACGCAGUGGGGACGACCUUGAUGACGAGGGCUCCGGCGCUCCGAUGCGCUCCGACGGCCACGGAGACGUACACAUCGAGGGCUCGAUGCGGGAUUGGAUACGCGAAGGCCAGCGCGACGUGACGGAUGCCGACCUCAGCUACAACAAGUCGAGGACGGUGCAGGGCAGAGUGGUGGCCGUCAUCAUUCUCCUCAUUGGCGGCGCGAUUGGCGCCCUCUCAUAUGAGCUCGUCGGCCGCCCCUUUGAGCUGAUGCGCGUGGUCAUCUGGGAAGGCAGGAAGGAGUGGGAACAGGACAUGCGCAAGGAACAGCGUCGCUACGCCUCGGCCCGCACCUCGUCGCGCGGCCGGAGGUCUGCAGGCGCGGCCGCUGCGAUCGACGACGUCGACCUUGCGCCACAGGGAGGCCGGUCCGCCAUCAUCGGUGGCCGAGUCUCGGCCUCCCAGGCUGCGUUCCGUCUGGGCGCCAACGGCAGGCUGGGCAACCUCGUCGCGCUGCGUGCGCAGAACAGUGGCGGGUCCACCACGUCUCAUCUGACGACCUACACGAUGCUGCGCCGGCCGGCGCAUCCGCUCAGGCUCGUCAACGCCGCCGCCAGACGACUGGCAGGCGCACCGGUCCGCACUGCCGCCGUCAAAAGACGGGCAUCCGCUCGCCCGUCGUCCAAGCCACGGAUACGCCUCGCCACGUCUCGAUCGCACAAGCACGGCGGCGUCGCCGCAUCGUCGCACGAUCCAUCAAAGAACGCAACGCAGCCAAACGAUUCGGCCACACCGACGCCGACGCCGCCGACACCGCAAAGGCCGUUCCGGCCGCGGCCAUCGCUGGCAACACGGCCGAGCUCGCUCUCGCUGCUGGUCGAGCACGCGCGGAAGAUUGCCAAGGUCGACCAGCGCUUCGGCGGGCCGGACCCGGCUACGACGUCGACGCCACUGCUCCUCUACCACACCUACUUCGUCGCGCCGUUCCUGCCCGCGAUACCGCACGCCAUGGUGGACAACGAGAUGAUGCGGGGCCUUGCCGCCUCUGAAGCCGAAGACGGGGGCAAGCAGGGGCAGCGCCGCGGGACCAUCGCUGCCGCCUCGGACGCGUCAGAGGCGAGGGGCCCGAUCGACACGUCCCAGAUUACGACCAUGGCGCAGCGCACGCUCCUCAUGUCGAUCGCCUCGCGCCGCCGCGACGCAUUCAGGCCCGAGGAAAAGCUGCGCAAGUCGUGGAUCCGCAACAACCCCGUCAACUCGAGUCUGGCGGCGUCCUCUUCCAGCUCCGGCGGGUCACUUCGUCCCUCCACCGCCAACGCCAGCGCCGGUACCGGUACCGGUGCCGGUGCUGCUCCAUCUGGCAGCGUGUUGAAGAACGGCGUGAGGAACUGGGGCCACGGCCGUGUGGCCUGGGCGUUGAAGAGGCUCGCGACGCCGUACGGUGUCGCCUUCCUCGUCUUUGCCUGGAUGGGCGGCGACCUCAGCUGA